AUAGAACGCUGUAACAUCAAAAGGAAAUGUCAGAUGAAAAUUUUGAUUCGACAAUUAAGAAGUAAAUGAGGUGCAAUGCAAUGAUCAGAUGACCGGAUUUACUCCAUGUCUCAACAAUUUGCUAAAAACGAUUUGCCUUUCUGUCAUCUUCUACUAAGAUUUAGCGCUCUAUAUUUUUUGUGGGAUGUUUAUCAAACGUCAGUUUGACAUCUGUCAGAAACAUGUGCUAGGCCUGCGUCUGUUAGUUUAAAAAAUCUUCAAAAUCAGUUUAUUUUGAAAUUCAAACCAGAAAAGAAUGGAAGUAGAUAUCGAACCAUCAGAUAUCAAAUCUGAACCUGGUACUAGCUCGCAAGCCACUACCUCAAGGUAUUACAUUGGCUUUUCUAUAAAAACGUUUCAUUUUUUUCGUGCUGUUUUUAUAGGUUGGGCCCGUGCGAAGUUUGCGCUUUUCACGAAGCUAAAUACACUUGCCCUCGGUGUGAAGUGAAGACGUGUUCAUUAAAAUGCAAUAAAAUCCACAAGCUAGAAGUAGAAUGCAAUGGGGAAAGAGACCGCGCAAAGUUUAUCCCUCUAAGUAGGUUCACCAAUUUGGAAAUGUCCAGCGAUUAUAGGCUUCUAGAGGAGAUAACCAGAGGUUUGGAGGCUUCUAGAAAAAAUUUCGGAAAGAGAUAUGACAAUAUAUCGAAGUAUUUGUGGAAGCUCCAAAAGAUGUGCAGUGCCAGAAAAACAAGUAUAAAGUUCCUGCCAUUCAAAUUUCAAAGGCAUAAAGAAAACACAACAAGAAUCAAAGGGACCGAGAUACAGUGGCACGUAGACUGGAUCUUUGUGAAUGCUGAUAACCUUAAAGUAGCUGAUAAAUGCGUACCUGAGACUGAAAAAUUAGGCUUAGCUGUUGGAAAACAUCUCCAACAAAAUAACAAUGCUUCGGAAGGGAAAAAUGAGACGUUGCAGUAUUAUAGUGCUGUUGGAGUGCCUGGUGUGAGACUCUUGCUCAAAGCCGAGCAGAAGGCUGGAAAAAAGUUUUUUGAACUGGAUCCUGAUGAUAGUCUUAAAAAAGCACUUGCCAAGAAGCUUAUUAUCGAAUAUCCGACAAUUCAUGUUGUUUUGAAGGAUCAUGUCUGUAGCUAUAACAUUAUUGAUUCAGAUACUGAAGAUGAGACUGUAGGUGAAGAUGCAAAAGAAAAAACGGGAAAUGAAAUUGUCGAAAGUAUUGUCAAAAAUGGUGAGGAAGAUAUUUACAAAUCUUUGAAGAACCUCCUGUUCAUUUCAGAAUAUUCCGGUGAAGAAGCAUCUUCAGACGAAGAGUGAUUAUUUUGAAUUGAUUAUUUCAUUAUUUUCAGAUGUAUUAUAUUUAAUUUUGUUACGUUUUCUAUAAAAUAAAAAUGUUAUUUUUUUGGGUAUACA